GUAUUUCAAACAACAUUUUCAAAUAGUAUAAGUUCUUUCAUUUAAUUAUUAUCACUUCUGCUGAAGUGAAAAAAUAGCAUCAUUAAGGAGUAAUAGAGCAAUCAAUAUUAAUUUGCUUUUGCUUGUACAGAAGGCAAAAUCUAAUUAUCUGUGGGCAUCUGCUGUUUUAGAAUGUUGCUUGUGCUUGCCCAACGUUCAUUUCUAUAAAAUCAUAGUUAAGUUUUACAUGAACUGUAAAAAUAAGUUUCUAUAUUAUUUUGGUUUUACAUGGGAAAAGGAAAAAGUGAGUUUUGAGAGCAAUGCAAUAUGAAUUUUACAUUGAUCCUUACAUUUCACUAUAUUCUGAACAGCACUCUUGUGAAAAUAGCAUUUAGACAGGUAAUUGGCUUCUUAGUUCUUAUUGUUUCCAUAGCAAAUGUGCUCAGUUUGAAAAUACAAAUGUAUGUGCUUUAUGAGUUUUAAUGAGUGAAGUAUAUAAAGAAAAUACAACCUUGAUGAGAACUAUUUUGCCAGCAGGUGUGACAAAGCAAGCAAACUGUUUUGUGGAACAAGGUCUGAGAUUUGCUGAAUUGUCAUUACAUACCAGAGGGAGAUUUAGGUGUUUUUCAGGCUGUAACUGCUACAUCACUUUAAACAGGAAUUUUCCAGACCUGUUCCCUGUCAUGGAAAAGUUCAGGCAGAAAUUUAGCAUAUUUAAGUUUUUCUGAGAUUUUAUAUUUCAGCAUAUGCUUUGGAGACGCUUUAAAGGAAGAAAAUUGAAUUGCUAGUAGAAGCUAUUUACUUGCCUGCUGAGGUUCCUGAGUUCGAAUUCCUUUUGAAACCAUUUAGCAUUGAUCAGUUUCAGAGAUGAGGAGAAAGCAUUAAGGAUCAGCACCAGCUCUUUGGACAACAGACAACUUAGAAGAGGAUGUGCUAUCAAGAUGAAUAUGGCUCAUUCAAGAAUUAACUUUCUACUCAUCUUCUACCUCAGCUUUUUGCUGCUCAUCCAUUUAAAAAAGUCACUUUGCAUGAGAAAUGAUUCCAGGUGCCUGCCAAACUCUUGCCAAAAGAACUGUACAUGCGUUGCUGGUGAUAAAGACGAUACCUGCCAUUGUGCAGACACAUCAGUUGACACUGUGGAGGAACUCUGCAAUAAAACCUAUGAUCCUUGCUCCUCAAACCCUUGUCUUCAAAACGCUACCUGUUUAAGCUCUGCUGGAAACCUCAGCUUUACUUGUGAGUGCCCUCCUGGGUAUAAUGGAACUACUUGUGAAAUAGCCAUCAGUGUGUGUGACACAAACCCUUGUGAACACGGAGGCACUUGCCAAAAUGGCCUGGCUGGCCCUACCUGCCUUUGUCGUGCAGGCUACACAGGUACUCUCUGUGAAAUGGAUUUUGAUGAAUGCACUUCUGAACCAUGCCACAAUGGAGCAGUGUGCAGGGACGGGGUUGAUGAAUACUCCUGCUACUGUGUCCCAGGCUAUCAAGGCAAGCACUGUGACCUGGAAGUGAAUGAAUGUGUUUCAGAUCCAUGCCUGAAUGGGGCAAUGUGUCUGAACCAGAUAGGAAGGUAUGACUGCAUCUGUCCACUUGGGUACACCGGUACAAACUGUGAGCUGGACAUGGACGAGUGUUUAUCACAGCCUUGCUUAAACGGUGCAACUUGCCAUGAUUCCUUGGGGAGCUUCGCCUGCUCCUGCGCGCUUGGAUUCCUCGGUGAUCUCUGCGAAACCAACAUCAAUGAGUGUGUCAGUCAGCCCUGCCUCCAUGGGGGACAGUGUACAGAUGGUGUCAAUGGGUACAGUUGCAACUGUACCAGUACUGGAUUUACAGGCCUACACUGCGAGACCCUAAUUCCCUUAUGUCGGUCACAACCAUGCUACAACAAUGCUGCUUGUGAGGACAGCACUGACAAUUAUACAUGUCACUGUUGGCCAGGAUAUACAGGUUCCCACUGUGAAAAUGAUAUAAGUGAGUGCAGCAGUAAUCCAUGCCUCUCUGAGAGUGAAUGUGUAGAGCUGUCUUGGGCUAACUGGUAUGGAAGUGUUCCAGGACUGCCAUCAGAGUUCAGCUAUGACAAGGCAGAGGGCUAUAUUUGUAGCUGUAAACCAGGAUUUUCAGGUAUUCACUGUGACGAAGACAUCAAUGAAUGUUACAUGAACCCUUGCCAAAAUGGUGGAAUCUGUGAAAAUUUUCCUGGGAAUUAUACUUGUCAUUGCCCAUCUGCAGACAAAGAAGGGAUUUUUUAUGGUGGCUGGAACUGUACAGAAGUUCUCCAUGGCUGUACUGAUCAACAAUGCCAAAACAAUGGAAUAUGUAUCCCACAUUUAAAAAAUGGCCAACAUGGAUUCAGCUGCAUAUGCUCAUCUGGAUAUACUGGCAUACACUGUGAAACCAUAACCACGUUUUCUUUUGAUGGAAACAGUUUCCUUUGGUUGAAGAAUCCCAUGCCCCCUAAAAAGGAAUCUUUCUACAAUAUAAACCUGAGUUUUCAAACUGUGCAACCUACAGCCUUUCUAUUUUACCGAGGGGAGAAAGAUACAUUUGUGAAGUUGGAGUUAUGGAAUGGCUACUUACACUUAUCCAUUCAAGUCAAUAACCAGCCACAGGCUCUUUUGCAUAUUUUUCAUAAUGUCAGUGAUGGAGAAUGGCACUCAGUGGAGGUAACCUUGGCAAGAGCUGUUACUCUAAAUUUACAUGACAGCUCUUGUGUAGAAUCAUGUGUCAAUAAAACUUCUGCUGUGAUAGAUAAUGAUCACGUGAGGCUUGCAUUUCAGAGCACAUUUUUGGGCAGCUUACCUGUGGGGAACAUUAGCAGCAACUCUCUACUUAACAUCUAUAAUAUGCAUUCUGCACCUUCAUUUGUAGGCUGUCUCCAGGACAUUGAAAUAGACCUGAAUAUUAUUACUCCAGAGAAUGUAUCACCUGAAUCAUCUUUAAAUGUCAAGACAGGAUGUACUAAAAAGGACUGGUGUGAAAACCACCCUUGUCAGAAUAGGGGACGCUGUAUCAACUUGUGGCUGAGUUAUAAUUGUGAUUGCUACCGACCAUACACAGGGCCAAGCUGCUCAACAGAGUAUAUUCCAGGCCGGUUUGGAUCUGAAGACUCCUCAGGGUAUGCUGCAUUUUCUGUUGAUGUCACUCAGACUGAAAAUGUGAAUAUAUCAAUGUUCGUCCGAACACGCAAAUCUUCUGGCUUGUUGCUGGCUUUGAGAAACAGUACCUGUCUCUACAUAAGAGUCUACUUGGAAGGUGGGAAACUCAUAGUGUUAGCUCCAAACUCCAUGAAGUUGUUAGGGAAACACACUAUAAAUGAUGGAAACUUGUACUUAAUAUCAUUAAAAAUAGAACCAAAUAAGAUGGAAUUAUUCCAGUCCUCCCAAUACCUAGGCUUUAUUUCUACUCCGGUACUAACCAUCCAAAGUAAGGAUAUUCUUUACAUUGGAGGCCUACCAGAUAACAGAGAAACUGAUAGAAAUUUCAAAGGCUGCAUCCAAGAUGUAAGACUGAAUAGCCAACCUCUGGAAUUCUUCCCUAUUGCCAAUCCACUGAAUUCUCUUAUCAACCGAACCCUGAUCAAUGUCACCGAAGGCUGCGCUGGUGAUAACCUCUGCAAGUCUAACCCUUGCCACAAUGGUGGCAUAUGCUAUUCAAUCUGGGAUGACUUCACUUGCACAUGUCCCCCUAACACAGCAGGGAAAGCAUGCGAGGAAGUUAAGUGGUGUGAGCUUGGGCCCUGUCCUCAUGAAGCACAAUGCCAGCUGGUGCACCAAGGAUUUGAAUGUCUUGCUAACGCAGUGUUUAGUGGCCGAAGCAGUGCGAUAUUUUACAGAAGCAACGGAAAAAUCAGCAGAGAUCUCACGAAUAUCGUAUUUGGCUUUCGAACUAGGGAUACUGACGUGAUACUGCUGUAUGCGGAGAAGGAGCCCGAGUUUGUCACCAUUAGUAUUCAGAACUCCAAAUUACUCUUUCAAUUGCAAAGUGGCAACAGCUUUUAUAAGUUGACCCUUGCUAGUUCACGACCUGUGAGUGACGGGAAGUGGCAUCAAGUGACGGUCUCUAUGAUAGAACCCCAGUCCCAGGCCUCUAGAUGGCACAUUGAUAUAGAUAAUAAGAGAGACGCUGCAACUAGCACAACUACUACAGGAAGCCUCAACUUUUUAAAAGAAGAGAUAGACAUUUACGUGGCUGACAAGGCUUUUGACAAUCUGGACGGCCUGCGAGGAUGUAUGAGCACCAUAGAAAUCAGUGGCAUUUAUCUUUCAUACUUUGAAAGUGCUGAUGUCCAUACUAAAAAACCUCAAGAUGAACAAUUUCUCAAAAUAUCUGCAAACCCUGCUGUUACUGGCUGUUUGCAAUUGGAUGCCUGCAGCUCAGACCCCUGUAUGCAUGAUGGGAUAUGUGAAGACUUCUAUACUUCCUACCGUUGCAUAUGUCCCAAAGGAUGGACUGGCAUGCACUGUGAAACCAACAUUGAUGAAUGCUUUUCAAACCCCUGUGUUCAUGGAAACUGCACUGACAGGGUCACCUCCUACGAGUGCAGUUGUGAACCUGGUUACACAGGGGUAAACUGCAAAGAGAACAUAGACAACUGCCGUGGCAACCAGUGUGCAAAUGGGGCCACCUGCAUAGAUGGGAUUAAUGGAUAUUCUUGCCUGUGUGCUGGUAACUUCACCGGAAAACUUUGCAGAUACAGAAGAUUACCAUACACAAUUUGUGGGAAUGAAGAGAGAAAUCUUACCUGUUACAAUUAUGGCAACUGUACUGAUCUCAGCAGAGAGUUGAGAUGUGUGUGCCUGCCAGGAUUUACUGGAGAACGGUGUGAAAAGGACAUUGAUGAAUGCAGCUCCGACCCAUGUCUGAAUGGGGGCCUCUGCCAAAAUCUGCUCAACAAAUUCCACUGCCUCUGUGAUGUAAACUAUGCUGGAGACCGCUGUGAGAUAGAUUUGACAACUGACUUGAUCUCGAACAUAUUCACCUCCAUUGGCUCAGUAACGCUGGCCUUGUUAUUGAUCCUCUUCUUGGCAGUUGUGGUUUCAGUUAUCGCUGCCAAUAAACGGGCAACUCAAGGGACCUACAGCCCCAGCCGGCAGGAGAAGGAGGGAUCCCGUGUAGAGAUGUGGAACAUGGUGCAUCCUCCGCCGAUGGAAAGACUGAUUUAGGAGGAAGCAUUCCUCCAUCUUGGAUGAUGGCUGAAGCGGGGACGGUGUAUAUAUGUUAGAUAUGUUCAUUUUGAUUGUGAUACCAGGAAUACUCGUUUAACUACUGUGAUGACUUUGGACUUUCAAUAUUUUUUUCUUUUAAGUUCAAUAACAUUUGAAUUCUUUUAGUAUUUAAGUGAACCAAUGCCAAUUAUCACUGCUUUGGACCAACAUGUCCAAGGACAAUUUUAUUUGCACUGGAAAUUUCAGCCUUGGUAAUGAGCAGUAGGCAUUACAAACAGUAAUGGCUUCUGGGAUACGUGUAAGUGCCUGUCUGUCAGAUGCAACAUGAAUAACAGCUUCUCAUUUGUGUUCUCCUUUGACUGCAUAGCAAUCACUGCUGCAGACAAUGCGGAUAAAUCAAAUAAGCCUGUACAAUAAAGAUCAAUUUAAUUCUUUUACAAAAGGGUUUAGCAGUAGAGCUGUGUCUCAGCAUAUCUACUUUCAUUCUUUAAUCAGGGAUUAAAAGGAAGCUACAAAAAAACUCUCCUUGAAACAAAAUAAAUGUUUCAAAUUUAA